GUACUUGUAGAAAGAAAAUAUCAAGUUAAGAUUCUGUCUGGUCCAUUUACUGAAGACGAAUACUUGGUGGCCAAGGUUAGUUUCUGUAUUAAUGGAGAAGAUGAAACAAUAUCAACUCUUCAACUAAAUUUCUCUUUUCUCUCUCUUGAGAACAUCCAUAUGUCUCUGCUUCUGAGACGGUUCUCGAGUCUCGGCCUUGGGAAACCUCCUGUGUCCGUGAGAUCCUUUCUUCUUCUUCACUCUAAAGCAAUCUCAACAUCAUUGGUGCAAACCCCUCCUUGUAAAAUCAUCGUGGCUGAGAGUUGUGGAGGGGAUCUCGGAAAACUUGUGGUUAUGAAUUUCAAUGAACUAAAGUGCACCGAAUUGGAGAAGAAGGUACCUCUGGAGUUAAUGAAUGAUAAAGGCACAAAGAUAACGAUAGGGGCAUCCCAUGGCUGGAUAGCUACUCUGAAGGAAGAUGGGAUCCUGCGUCUCCAAGACGAUCUCAACCCUGUUGCAACUGAUACAUAUCCGAAACGCAUCCCACUGCCUCCUCUUGUGACUCUUCCUCAUUGCCAAACCAAGAUCAUCACCAACGUGUCAAUGUCAUCAUCUUCUCCAGAGAAUGAUGAGGACUGUGUCGUGGCUGUCAAGUUCUUGGGACCUCAGCUCAGCUUUUGCAAACCAGCAGCCUCUCAAAGUAAACCAGGGUGGACCAACAUCAAGAUCGAAAACCCCUGCUUCUACUCAUCCCGUGUCAUGUUUUCUAAGAAAGACAACAUGUUUCGCAUCCCCGGAUCUGGAGGCCAUCUCAUCGGUUCAUGGGAUCCCUACAGACCCAAUAAUAACCCCACGUUUCAGCGAUUGCGGUUUACAAACAUGCCCAAGCUGACCAAGGCUAAACAGAAUCUUAUGGAUAUGUGCUGCAGGAGCGAGCACUUGGUGGAGUCACUACCCACCGGUGAAACUUUCUUGGUCAAGUGGUACAAGAAGACAACCAAGAUCGCCAAGGGUGGUAUUGCUAGAUUGAGAACCAAAGCUUUAAUGGUGUUCAAGAUAGACGAUGAAGGAAAUGCUGUUUACACUCAUGACAUAGGAGAUCUCAACAUGUUCCUCUCAAUGUCUGAACCUUUCUGUGUCUCUGCUACUUCCUUUCCUGGCUUGUAUGCUAACUAUGUCGAAAUCAUUGAUUUCGACGAAUCAGGUUAUGUCAUUUUGAAGUCUUCCGCAAUCAAGAGCCGCUCUUCAAGUUAUUUGGCCCCUUACCACAUUCCACCACAAAAUAUUGUCGAGUCUUAGUUUUGGAUUCUGAGUCAAGAGAGCAAAUGGAUCAUUUAGCCUUCUUUCCUUACCAAAUUAUAAAAAUUCAGUUGGGUAGCUUCAGUCUCGCAAUUGUAAAACAAAAUGUUCAAGGGCCAACACCAAUAAGGAUUACAAGCAUAAACUUUCAGUAAGAGAAUCAAAAGCUUUCCAUAAUCAGUAAACUCACCAUUUGCCGUGCGAAAGUUUAUGCUCGUAAACCUUCAAUAUACUGAAAGUCUAUGUUUAUGUUUAAUAAAAAAAAUUAUAAGAACCUUUAAUUA